AUAACAGGUGCACUAAUGACUACUGUUCGGGAACUGGACUGUGCUUGUCCCCAGCACUGUGUAUGGCUGUACUGUGUAUUGCAGCAGUGGGCAGGCACAACGUGCAGCACACGGAAACAGCUUUCACACACACUUCCCACACAGCUCAGGAGCCGCCCUGUUAAUACACAGGGGCCUGCCCGGUCGCCCCACACAGGAGGUCACCCCUCAGAUAAGGCUCUGAAGAGCUUUCCCGUCAGACACUUGGAAGACUCCAGAGCAGUAGUGAGGAUGGGAAGUAACAGUAGUGUCCAUUUCUGCGGGAUACCAAAGGGGAAGGGACCCCAUGCAGUGGGCUGUACGGACCUGAUGAGUGAUCACACCAUUCAGGGCAGUUUUCUUCGACUCUUCUACCCUUGUGUGGAUAGCGAGGAAUAUGCAGACGCUGUAUGGAUUCCCCGCAAAGAAUAUUACUCAGGACUCGCAGACACUCUGAAGCUGAAUAGGACUCUAAUUGAUUACAUUUUUAGCCAUUACUUUGGUUCUGUGAAAUGUCCGGCAAAGCUGAACGCACCAUUCAAACCAGGAGAAAGAUACCCCCUGCUUAUAUUCUCUCAUGGGCUUGGAGCUUUCAGAACGUUGUAUUCAGCUGUCUGUAUCGGGUUGGCAUCGCAAGGCUUUAUAGUUGCCGCAGUUGAACACAGAGAUGAGUCUGCAUCUGCAACGUUUUAUCUCCGGGAAAGGUCCUCUACUGAUGCUUGUGAGGAGGAGUGUGACCCUCUGGAGGAGGUGUGGAUUUAUACCAAGGCUCCAAAGCCAGGCUCAGAUGAAUUCCCACUCCGAUUUGAGCAGGUACAGAAGAGGGCAGAUGAAUGCAUCAGGGCUCUGGACCUUGUGCUGGAUAUCAAUGCUGGCAAACCAGUAACCAACGCAUUACCAUCCAAUUUUGACUGGCUUCUAUUGAAGGAUUCAAUUGAUUUGCAGAGGGUGGCAGCAAUGGGACACUCCUUUGGGGCAGCUACAGCAAUCAAAGCACUUGGGAGGGAUUCACGAUUCAGAUGUGGUGUAGCUCUGGAUUCCUGGAUGUUCUCUCUCCGAGAUGAAAUCUUCACUACAAUCCAUCAGCCAGUUUUAUUUGUCAACUCAGAGAAGUUCCAGUGGGUGGAAAAUGUCAUGCUAAUGAAGAAAAUGGAUUCUACCAGCGUGGAGAGGAAGAUGAUUACCAUCAAAGGCAGUGUACACCAGAGCUUCCCCGACUUCACAUUUCUCACUGGUUACCUCAUAGGGAAAAUAUUCAAGUUAAAGGGAGAAAUCGAUCCAUAUGUGGGGAUGGACAUUAUUAUCAACGUGACUUUAGCUUUCCUACAAAGACAUCUUGGUCUCCAUAAGGACUUCAAUCAGUGGGAUCAUCUCAUUGACGGUGAAGGAGAAUUUGUCAUCCCAGGAACCAACCUUGAUCUACCUCCAGCACAGACUGAGAACUCUAAAUGACCUUCAGUGAUAACAAGUGACCCGCAGCCUAUUACCUCCUCCCUACCAUGGGAGCAUUCUACUCUGUGAUGGCAGAGAGAGCUGUGCCUCAUCCAUCGGACACCCAAUACUAGUGACUAACUACUUACUGUGCAGGAAUGAGAGACUUUCUGUCUGAUUUAGUGUUAUGAAGGACAUUUGUUUUUUACAUUUUAACUUUUGUACAUGAUGGCUGUGGUGUAAGUGUUGGACUCCUUUUUAGGGGUGUAUUAUGCCUUUCAGCAACAUCACAGGCCAACAAGCACCAUGCCCUGUGCUGGCACACCAUAUGCUGCUUUGCCUUACCAGUGUGAACUAUACCACCUAAAAUAAUUCUAUGGUGCUUUUUAUUAAAUAUGAGCUGUUUUCCACACACCAGAGUUAAAGAAUACAUAGACCAUGUCCUCCUGGGACUCCCUCCAGCCUUCCUUAGCAUUGUAAAAGUAAAAAUGACCAGAACUCAGAUGAAGAAAUAACUGGACACUGCCCUUGUAGCUCUCAGGUAUUCAUAGCAACAGAAACUAAACUGGCAUUAUCUUCAAUUUAGCCCACGUGUUUUGUGGUCCUCUUGGCUGUAUGAGUUCUGGCCAAAUGCUUUACAUUGCAAAAAGGGUUUAUGCGCAGCGGUCUCAAACUGGCGGCCCUACAGCUGUUGCGAAACUACAAGUCCCAUGGGACAUUGCGAGGCUAACAGUUACA